AUGGAGGAUUCUGAAGGGGCCGGUAUGUUCGUGACAACACGAAGGAGCGCCAACUAUCUGUGGAUGGAGGAACUACAACAACGAAAACCCCUCGUUCGUCAGACAUGCUUGUGGAUCCAGCAGCAACAUCAACAGAAUGCCCAUGCAGUAAAUCCCAGUCAACCGGCCCCCCACCAGCAGCAGCAACCACCGUUUGUGCUUUCACCUCCGCAGCAUCAGCAGCAGCAGAUUCCGAUCCCGGCAGACAACCUCCUCACACAGAUGAUACACAUGAUGCAACAGCAACAGUUACAGUAUCAGCAGCAGUCGAACCAGUUUCUUGUCCGGCAACAGCAAAACGAACAACGGUCGGAAGAAUGGCAGCAGGCAUUCCUUCGCAGUAUAACGUCUUCAAUCAACGUUCAGGUCCCACCUAACCCCGAACAGAUUCUAGAUUCUCUUGCGGGAAACAUCAAGGAGUUUCAUUAUGAGGCGGAGAGUAAUCUGACCUUCGCUUGCUGGUAUUCACGCUAUGAUGUCCUCUUCGAAAAGAACGCUUCUCGUUUGGAUGACGAAGCCAAAGUACGUCUACUUCUACGGAAAAUGGGUACCGUGGAACACGAGAGGUAUGUCAGCUAUAUACUUCCACGGUUGCCAAAAGACUUCAAUUUCGCGCAGACAGUAGAACAAUUGAAAGGACUGUUUGGUGCGAAAGAGUCUGUUAUCAGUCGUCGAUAUCGAUGUCUCCAAGUUUCCAAAAAUCCGACGGAGGAUCACAUUGCCUUUGCAUGCCGUGUCAACAAAUCCUGUGUCCAGUUCGAGCUAGGAAAGCUCACCGAGGAAGAGUUCAAGUGUUUAAUAUAUGUCUGUGGACUCAAAUCUGAGACUGACGCCGAGUUGCGGACCCGACUUCUUUCCAAAAUUGAGGAACGUGACAUAGUCACCCUAGAACAGUUAUCAGAGGAAAGCCAGCGGUUGGUCAACCUCCGACAUGAUAAUGCAAUGAUCGAGUCUGCUUCUCACUUUGAUCAGAUCAAUGCAGUGAAGCAGAAAUUCGACGGGCGACGUUCCAGGAAACGAGAAAAUCUGGCAAUCAGAACCGACACCAGUGACAGAAAAAGCAAACCUAAAUCACCAUAUCGGACACCGGGAAGGACAUGGUACCAGUGCGAAGAAGUCGUGAGGAUCUGCAAAGAAACGGAGGAAGUUCUCGGUAACCAGCAAAGUGGUCCAAUGUUAGCCCCAGCUACAGUGAAAGCGAAAACCGCUUCGGGAAAUGUUUUACCUCUUGAUGCUGUGAAUCAAGAGCUCGAUCGUCUAGAGAAGAUAAAUAUCAUUUCACCGGUAGAUUAUUCGGAGUGGGCCGCUCCGAUAGUUGUGGUACGCAAGGCUAAUGGUUCGAUUCGGAUCCGCGGAAACUAUUCGACGGCUCUAAAUGCCGCCUUACAGCCUCAUCAAUACCCGCUUCCCCGUCCGGAGGACAUUUUCGCAAAGCUCGUUAACUGUAAAGUAUUCAGCCAGAUCGAUCUCUCCGACACAUUCCUGCAAGUAGAAGUUAAUGAAGCAAGUCGUGGUAUGCUAACAAUAAAUACGCAUCGUGGAUUGUUUCAAUACAAUCGCCUUCCACCGGGCGUGAAGAUUGCUCCAGGAGAAUUUCAACAGUUGAUCGAUACUGUGCUCGCCGGUCUCGAGGGAACAUCCGGUUAUAUGGACGACGUCGUAGGCGGUGGAAAAAGCGAUCAGGAGCAUGAUUGUAAUCUGAAAGCAGUCCUUCAGCGCAUCGAAGGCUCGCUGGCUCAUCAUUGUAAGGUCUGCCAAUGUGUUCUUUUACAAUAA